AACGGACAAAAUGGAGUCUAAACACCGAAAGAAUGUGCAGGCAAUCUGCGGAUAUGCAGGAGGGCGCACCUUUGGGGUUUUGAGGCCUAAUCCGAACAUUUCGCCGGCUUCCAUGCAACUAGAAACGGCCUAUAUGAAGAGAUAUUGGACGGGCUUACACGUGCUCCUACGUCUCGACUGAAUUCGGUGCCGAUAUCGUUCCUGGACAGCUCCGCGAUACGUUUAGAUGUCAUUGCUGGGAGAGACGUGGUGGUGUCUCUGCAGCCAGGAGCGAACUAUUGUUUGUUGUUGAUGUGGAAUGACCAUCACAGACCGAUCUGCAUCUAGAUUAUAAAUGAACCUUGCUUGGAACAGACGCGAUCAACAUGGGUGGAGUCCCAAAAAGGUUGGCUCCUGGCCCCUGGGGAUCAACCGAUCGAGAAGGCUCAGGGCAAACUGUAAUUACCACGAGGAGAAACAGACCAUGUCGAUAAACGCGAUGGUGCGAGGAGAAGAAUCUCCUCCGCCGCUCACUCCAAAAUAGGACGUCCAUUAGACUAGAGAAAUCACAACAACUUUACUUG